UGUGUCUGUCUCAUGAGCGGAACUGACCGCUUCGCUGCUGCAUCUGUGAGUUUCAUUCAGCAUCAGACGACAGGACUAAAUGACAAUCGAUCUGGAUUUAUGUCACUCACAUCUGUGCUUGAAUGAGGUUUAGCGCUUCAGACGGGAUUCAGAGAUUCAGGUGAGUUCUCAGACAUGCGUUCCCGGUCCAUGAGAGAUGCCCAGCCAAGCAACUCCUCACGAGUCUUCUUAGGUAUGCGUGACAGCGUCAAGAUUUCUGCUUCCCCUGAUGGACGUUUGUGUGUGUGUUUGUGUGGAUUCCUGUGAUUUUAUUGCAGUGAAGCCCCUCUCUGGUUUCCCUGGGGUCACAGAUGAACUGUAGAGUUAAACUUUGGGAAAAACAUCUACGCCAGCUCAGUUUACUGAUCCUGCCUGCGGCUGGCCCUCAAGAAAAGAUUCCCUCCCGGCUGAUCAUAUGCACGGAUCCAAGCAUCAGGAGAGUUUGAGAGUUUUAUUCGUUCUGUGUCUGUCUGGAACAUGGCACAUCGGAUGCAGAACAGACUGUGACCGCUGAUUCCUCCAGCGGUAGAGACACACACUCCCGAGAAUUGCUCCUGGGAUCGUCGUCUAUCCACUGGACUUUUUCUGGCCGUGUCGUCUUACCAAGAUAAAACACAUGCUCCAGUCUGAAGAGACGCUACAGCCGUAUUUGUUUAUUUGACUUCCCCCUCUCUGAACCCAUCCAUCUGGAUACAUUCCUUCCCUUCCCCAUCCCAGACUCAUCAUUCUCUCCUGUGACAUCAUGAGGAGUUUUUGGAACUUGCUUUCUCUGAUUACUCUGUUUCAUACUCUUCCCUGGGCCUCCAGUCACAGUCUGAACCCAUUCGCCGGGCCUGAAGUGACACAGACGGACCCUUGCUAUGACGAGACGGGUGAUGCCCGCCGAUGUGUCCCAGAGUUCAUCAAUGCAGCAUUCGGCCAAGAGGUCAUUGUGUCGAGUGCAUGUGGCCAGCCACCGUCUCGCUCCUGCAGUAUAGUGGAACGCGACGACCGUCCUGCUGUGCGCACAUGUCAGGUCUGCGACGCAUCGGACCCUCGCCACGCCCACCCUGCAUCCUACCUCACUGACAUAAGCUCCGCCCACAACCUCACCUGCUGGCAGUCGGAGAACCUGCAGGGCUCACCGCUCAACGUGACGCUCACGCUUUCGCUCGGGAAGAAGUUUGAGAUAACGUAUGUCAGCCUUCAGUUCUGUUCCCCACGGCCCGAGUCCCUGGCCAUCUAUAAGAGCAUGAACUACGGUCGCACUUGGACGCCCUACCAGUUCUACUCAUCUCAGUGCCGUCGCAUGUACAACCGACCCAACAAAGCAACGAUCACGAAGCAGAACGAGCAGGAAGCUUUAUGCACGGAUGGACACACCGAUCUCUACCCGCUUUCUGGCGGCCUUAUUGCUUUUAGUACACUGGACGGUCGUCCUUCGGGGAAGGAUUUCGACUCAAGCCCUGUUCUGCAAGACUGGGUGACAGUCACAGACAUUCGAGUGGUCUUCAGUCGCCCACAGCACCCUAGAGCUUUGCCCAUGUCGGGACGCGAGACCAAAGACCCUCUCGGGUCUCCCGGAACCCUGUCUACUUAUUACUACGCGGUUGGUGACUUCCAAGUGGGCGGGAGGUGUAAAUGUAAUGGCCAUGCCUCCAGGUGCAUACGAGAGAAGGAUGGGAAACUGGUGUGUGAAUGCAAACACAACACAGAGGGUCCGGAGUGCGACCGCUGCAAACCGUUUCACUACGACCGGCCCUGGCAACGCGCGACAGCGAAAGAAGCCAACGAGUGCUUACCAUGUAAUUGUAACCUGCACGCGCGGCGCUGUCGCUUUAACAUGGAGUUGUAUAAGCUCUCGGGCCGUAAGAGCGGAGGAGUGUGUAUGAACUGCAGACACAAUACUGCCGGACGCCACUGCCAUUACUGCAAAGAGGGAUUCUACAGAGAUAUGGACAAACCCAUCACACACCGCCGAGCCUGCAAAGCAUGUGACUGCCAUCCGGUGGGAGCUGCAGGCAAAACGUGUAACCAGACGACGGGUCAGUGCCCGUGUAAAGACGGGGUGACUGGCAUCACAUGCAACCGCUGUGCUAAAGGGUAUCAGCAGAGCCGAUCGCCCGUCGCCCCGUGCAUUAAAAUCCCUGUUAUAAAGCCAACAGCUGUGAUUAGCACUACAGAGGAGCCUGCAGAUUGUGACUCCUACUGUAAACCACUGAAGGGAAAUCUCAAGAUAAACAUGAAGAAAUACUGCAAAAAGGACUACGCUGUCCAGGUCAGUGUGUUGGACAUGGAGACCGUCGGAGAUUGGGCCAGAUUUUCCAUCAGCCUGGUGUCUGUGUACAAGAGCCGCGGAGAGCCGCUGAAGAGAGGCGAUCACAUGCUGUGGGUCCAUAUGAAGGAUCUGGCCUGCAAAUGUCCACGGAUACACAUGAGCAAACGCUUCCUCAUCCUGGGCACGAGCGAGGGCGCCACGAGCCCCGAACGCCCGGGACUACUGGUCAACAAAAACAGCCUGGUCAUUCAGUGGAGGGACAUUUGGACUCGACGACUGCGUAAGUUCCAGCGCAAAGAGAAGAGAGGCAAGUGCAGCAAAGCAUGAUGGGAUGGCAGGGAACUCUUUAUUAUUGACCACUGUCCUGUGUAUGCGGGAGACU